UGCUUUUGGGGGUGCGGGCGAGCGGGGAGGGAAUUGAAGUGGUCCCGGUGUUUCCCCCUAAUUUAGAGGAAUCCGGGGAAAUCGGGGCAGGAGAGUUAAGGAGCCCAGGCACCCCGUGUGUCCCCAGCGCCAGGCUGGAGAGUGCAGUGGUUAGAGCACUUCGCCAUGGAUGACCCCGAGGAGACCUUUGGGGGAGAUGGAGAUGGCAGCCCGGCGCCUUACGAGGAGCUGGUGUCCGUGAUGGCCGGUGGUUUGUACGGGGAACUGGAGCGGCUGGUGGGCGCCCACGGCCCUACCGCGGUCUCUGGGCUGCUGCCGCAGGUGGUUUCCGUCCUGGAGGCCCUGCAGGAGGCUUGCGGGCAGGUGAAAGACCGGGACCAGGCACUGGAGCGGCUGCGCGAUGACCGUCUGCGGCUCCUGGAGCAAUACGAGCGCGAACGGGCAGGGCGCAAGCGGGCAGACGAGCGAUUCAUGGAAUUGGAGGACAUGAUGGAUCAGGAACGGAAAGCGCAUUCAACAGCUGUGAGCCAGUUAGAGGGCCAGAGCCGAAUCCUGGACAGCAAAGCACGAAGCUAUGCAGAUCAGGUGGCUGGCUUGGAGGAACAAAAAACUUCACUGCUCAAGGAGAUUUCGAUUCUCAAUCAGAGCCACACAAAGAUGGUACAAAGUUACAAAGAACUGAGAUCACAAAAAGCAGCAUCAGCUGGUCCAGGACAAACUACUACUUCAUCCACAGAAAAUAAAAGGUUGAAGCCUCCACCACUUCGUGUACCUCCAGAGUUUCUAUCAAGCCCCUCAGACUUGAAGCCUCCUGAGACCUCAAUGGAACAUGGAGAAAUGAAUGAACUUUCUCAUUCAGAGAAAACGCCCCAGAAGGUUGCAGAAAGAAAUGCGUUUCCCUUGGCACAGGAAAUUCAGCCAGAAAAGGAUGCUUCUCCUAGUCAAUCUGGCUUUGAUUUGGAUGAACUUUUAAGCUCUACUCCAGAACUCAAAUCUGACCCCCAAAUGCAAAAUAGCCCCUUGAAUACCACCCUCGAGCGCAACACGGUCUCCCUUUUCGCUGAAGUUUCAGGCCUCAGCCCAGACCUCCUCACUGAUAUGGAUGAUGGUGCUGAUUUGCAGGGGGAUGCCUUAGAAACCUUGUUAGCAGAAAACACUCAGCUUCAAGAAGCACGAAUCGCUUUGGAUACAGCCCGCCGCCAUCUUAUUAACCGCGUGGAGGAGCUCAGCGAAGAGCGUGAAUCCUUACGGAUGGAGAAUGAGAGAUCAUUGAUUGACCUGCGUAGCUGCCAAAUGCAGCUGAAAGAAGCUGAGUUGGAAAUUCUUCGGAUCCGGCAGGAACUUAAGGAAUCAAGGCGCUCCAGUGAGGAAGGAGAGGGUGAAGGGGGGCUGCCCCGAACUCAGAGGUUCACCCGCGCGGAGAUGGCACGCGUCGUGAUGGAGCGUAAUUUGUAUAAAGAGAGACUGAUGGAACUACAGGAAGCAGUUCGACGGACUGAGCUUCUGAGGGCUUCCCGGGAAGAACAAGCGAUUCAAAUGAAGAAAUCAUCAUUUUGGAAAAUUUUUGAUCGCCUGUUCAACCCAUCAGAUGCUCCUGAGAGCGCUAUGGCCUCUCCUCUACCAGCAGGGAGGUCCCGGCCUAGCCGUAACAACCAGAGAGAUCCAGGACGGAAGACCCUGAGAUUCAUGCCACGAGCAAUCUCACCCUCUGAGGCUGAUGGCUCCCCACAGCAGAAGCGGCGAGAGCUGUAUGGUGAGAUCCGCUCACACAUCUGGCAGGAACAUGGACGGGCACAGAUCCAUGGGUGGAGCCAGCCACCUUCAUUUCAGGACCCUGACUCACCUGCAGGAACUACUGAUGUACCUGUACUUGUGCAGCUGAGAAUGCUGGAACAGAAGGACCCCAGUACCAAGCUCUGGUGUGCCGCAGCAUCUGUUGGGCCAGAGCCUCGAGAAACAUCACAGAUUGGUAACCCCCAUUGCAGCUCUUCCGGCAGCUCUCAGCUGUGGGUGGCUGCUGGGACCCACUCUGCUAGCGAAGUGAUCCUCUUCAAUGCCCCCAAUACUAACCAGCUCCUGGAACACUUUGUGCUGCCUGGAAUUCACGUCCUCUCCAUGGCUUGUGUGCCUGGCCUGACAGCACCUGUUGAUGAAAAGCCAGUGGUACAGCCAGAGAUCCUUGAAGACCCUUUGGCACCCCGAUCUGACAGUGAUGAAGAAGCAAGGGAAAUGGAGGCAGUUGGUACAGGACCCACUGUCUGGAUUGGGACCCAGGAAGGCUGUAUCUAUAUUCAUUCCUCUGUGACUGACUGGCGACAUUGCCAAGGCAAAAUACGUUUGAAGGAGGCUGUCCAUUGUAUUGUGCAUACCCAAGGCCGCGUUGUAGCUGCCCUUGCUGAUGGAUCUCUCGCUAUAUUCCAUCGGAAUGCAGAUCGCAACUGGGAACUGCAUGCCCCACGCCUGGUUCAAUUGGGACGGCCACGGCGCUCCAUUCGUUGCAUCAUCCCUGUAUUUAAUUGGCUCUGGUGUGGCUAUGGAAACCGAAUCUACGUGCUGGAUCCUCGGACCGCUCGCAUUCAGCGAUACUUUGAAGUGACAUCACACCCUGAAAGCCAUGUCCGGCACAUGGCAGCUGCUGGUGGUGGCAUCUGGAUUUCAGUCCGUCUGGAGACCACUCUGCGUCUUCUCCAUGCGGAGACAGGGCAGCCAUUGCAGGAAGUGGAACUGGAGCCCUUCAUCAGCCGCACGUUUGGGCCCAGCAGUGUCAGCUUAGCCUUGAACAUCUCAGCUCUUGGUGCUUUUGGAAAGCGACUGUGGGUUGGCACAUCCGGUGGCACCAUUAUAUCUGUGCCUUUUGUCUCUGAAUUUUCUGAAAGCGUGAAGACUUCUCCCUCUGCUGGUAUCCCUUUGUGUGCUAUGGAACAAGCCCAGAUCAGCUAUCAUGGGCACCGCGAUGCUGUCCGUUUCUUUGUCUCUGCCUCAGGAUAUGUGGAUCCAUCUUCUGCAGAAAACUUCAAGGAUUUGCACAGUCAAGAGAAACCAAGCAAACCUUGCAGCUUGGUGCUAAGUGGAGGGGAAGGCUAUAUUAAUCUCCGGAUAGGAGACAACUCCGAUAAGCACUACGGUGACCUGCUACACCCGAACCCACGCCUCCGUCGAGCCGAGAGAAGCCACCUCAUUGUCUGGCAGGUGCAGGACUGAGAUCAUGAUCAUGGAGACUCGGGACAUCUCCUUCCGCCUGGGAGGGAACGACACAGCUGCCAGAUGUUGGCACUGCCUUCCCGUUGUUGUUUCCUGCUCUCUUCCCUCACUCAUGUGGUUUGCAGAAUUGAGAUAAAACAUUUUUACCUUUUGAGACUGGUGAUGGAAAAAAGCCACUGGAACUCUGGAAUGUUUGGUGAAUAGGUUUGGUGAAGAGAACAUCUGGUGCAUCCUCAGAUCCUUCCAUUACUUUAUAUCAUCCUUUCCAUUCUUUCAUACUGGAGAUGGGCAGUUUGUAUCUAGACUGAACCCCUUCAAAUCCUGCUUUUAUUGCUCAAGCCACCCUCUGUUUACAAAGAAUAACAGUGUACCUCUUGCUGGCCAGUCGCUUGGGAGUUGAUAGCCAUGAAGUGUCUAGUACCAAUGGGGAUUGAAGGCAGAGCUUCAAAACAAUUGGAGUCCAAACUGCUAAAAACUGGGAAAUAAAUCUGGAAGAGAAGCAGCAUCCACACUGGUCAAAGUGAAGGCUCUCUCCUUCCUUUCUGCCUCCCCCACUUGGCUGUGAUUGAAACUGAUGCUUUUCUACUUCUAGUAAAUGUGGACAUUCUGGACUAGAACGGGUGAAACCUGUUGAUGUAAGCUGCUGUAUUACUCAAAGAGACCUCAAGGGGGAGCUUCCUUGUCCUUGCUCUGGGAUUACUACAGGUGGUUUUUUCUCCUCCCCCUUUGCCCCAUGGAGUUAACCAAAUCCUGCCUGGAACUCUGAAAAGAUGCAUUUGCUUCAAGACACACACACACACACACACAUAUACACACGGUUUAAUUUCUCAGGGUUUAUUUAACUCUCCAGGAAUUGAGUCUUUAAAGGAACUCAGAAUCUCUCUUUGUGGGUUGGUUUCACAAUAAAGCUACUGUUAUUCUUA